AUGACUACUAUAGUAAAAAAUCAUGAAACAGUGGUGGACUCAUGGGGUAAAAGUGAUGACGGCAUCUUGUAUGGGAGAUUUUUCUACGAAGGAUCCUAUGACGAGUGCAUGUCUGUUGCUUCUCCUGAGCAGGGCAUCCGUGGGAAAUACUGCCGUAUAACGAUCAGAAAAGAAAAAAACAGCUCAGGGCCGAGGUCGCCGAAGCUAUUGCCACCUUGGUUUGCCCAUCGCCCCGAAGUGCGUAUGAUUCCUGGUGCGGUCGAAGGUCUCGAGGAAGAACAAGACUUCAGAUAUAGCACUUGUGUCCCAAGCAUUUGCUCUCACCAGGACCUUUGGGAAAGUUUGGACGUGACAUAUUCGGAGUUCAAUAGCACAAUAGUGGACUUGAAUUGCAAAGGAAUGGAUUCAUCUGCAGCACUGAAUGCGGGGGAUUACGCCUACAUCAUCGUCAUGUCAACUAUACUCGCCGUCGUUUUCGUAGUUGGUUUACUAGACAUCGUUAUUCAAGGGUCCAGUGAUCACCAACUAGGAACAGGGUGUCUCAAAUAUUUGAUUCCGUUCUCCUUCUACACCAAUAUCAAGAAACUGUUCCACUUGAACACAAAGAGAACACCAGAAGUAAUAACCUGCUUGAAUGGAAUGAGAGUAUUAUCAAUGGUGUGGGUUAUAUACGGCCACCAGCAGACGAACACCUUUUUCUACACUGCAAACUUUCUCGAGAUUGGGACGCUCGUUUCCAAACUACCAUACCAAAUGAUUUCAAAUGCGUACCCAAGCGUGGACACCUUCUUCUUCAUGAGUGGUUUCCUUGUCGCCUACAACAUCUUAAAGGAAGUCAGGAGAAAUUCGGCGUUCAACCCGAUUAUGUUUUACGUCCACAGAUUAAUUCGACUGCUUCCCCCAAUCUUAGUUGUCUCCGGUCUUUUUGGGACGGUCACCAGAUUCUUCGAAACUGGUCCUUUCUCGAGUUACUGGGAUGAUUACAUAUAUCCAACAUGCCGCGAUUACUUUUGGAAAGACAUUUUGAUGCUCAACAAUUUCAACUUAGAAGAUCUCGUUGGCUCUUGUCUGGGACAAUGCUGGUACGUCUCUGUGGACACCCAACUAUAUCUUGUCGCACCUUUGUUCAUCUUGCCUCUGGUGUAUAAAGAGAAAUUAGGAAAAAUUUGGCUUUAUUUCGUGACUUUGAUGUCGGUAAUGGUCCCGGCCCUCAUCAUCUACGUCAACGACCUUCCUCCUUCUAACGUUAUGGUUGGCGAAAAAGGGGGAGAGUAUUUCGAGAAAGUGUAUCUGAAGCCGUGGAGUCGUGCCGGACCGUGGGUGGUAGGGAUAUGGCUGGGUUACAUCUUUCACAAACAAGGCAAGGAGAGGUUCAUCCUUAAACAGUGGCAGGUUGUGGCUGGCUGGAGUUUGUCGACGAUCGCAGCUCUGCUUGUUCAGUUUGGAAUGUAUAGCUAUAACAUUAUUCCAGCUAAAGCAAUGUAUGAGAUCGUGACUCAAGUUACGUAUGGCGGCUUCCAAAGAAGUGUAUGGGCGGCAUGUUUGGCUUGGAUAGUCUUUGCCUGCCACAACGGCUAUGGAGGGUUUGUGGAUGGAAUUCUUUCCCACCCUGUUUGGCAGCCUUUGAGCCGCCUUACCUAUAGCCUUUACCUUGUCGCCCUCCCCAUGCAAAGUGCUAUUACGUUUACCGCCAGGACCCACUUCGUAUUUUCUUAUAUUAGUAAGAUUUUCGAGACUACAGGUGCACUGUUCAUAUCAGGUGUUGUGGCUGUGCUAGUUUCUCUGUCAGCAGAGUCCCCUGUCCUCGGCCUGGAGAAAUUGCUGUUAAAACGGCCUGCUCGGAGUGUCGAUCGAAAGGUUGCCAAGACAACAGACAAACUCUUGCCAGAAGACCAGGUUGACAAGGAUUCAAGUGCAGGUGAUAUUGAAAUGGAUAUUGAAGGAAAUGACAAUAAAGCCUUUGCCACUGAGGUGGAUACUAAUUUGUAGUUCUAGUUUCAUGAUUGUAAUUCAUAUUUGAUAGAUAAUAAAUCAAAAUGAUUGAAAGAGAACAAUAUUGUACACUAGUUUUUUUUUUUUGUGAAUAUGAAAUCGAGGUAUUAAAUGGUACCGAGGAAUCAAAUAUGCAUAUGCAGCAAGUUCAAUGCGCAAAGUUAGUUCUGAGCUAAAUACCUGUCAGUGAAUUGCUGUGUGAAUAAAGUUUCUGUAAUUGUCAAA